AGCGCUGUCCUGUAUCAUUUGAAAACAAGCAAGCGUACGAAUCACUACUAGAUUUGUGAACCAGCGAUUUUGGCGCGAUAUUUCAAUUUAAUCUGACUCAAAUCGAAGAUUAUUGAAAAUGGCUCUUCUACCAUUUCUGUUGGAUUACGAACUUGAGCGACCUCGCCGUCUUAUAGACCAGCACUUUGGAUUGGGGUUGACUCCUGAUGAUCUCUUGGGCGUUGUUACUGGUCCUUUGGUCAACCGUGAGUAUUACCGACCCUGGCGUCAUCUCGCUGCAGCGGCACGGGAUGUCGGAUCCAGUAUCAAGAACGACAAGGACAAAUUUCAAGUGAAUUUGGACGUUCAACAUUUUAAUCCUGAAGAGAUAAGUGUGAAAACUGCUGAUGGUUAUAUUGUCGUCGAAGGCAAGCACGAAGAGAAAAAAGACCAACACGGCUUCAUUUCUCGUCAAUUCACACGUCGGUAUGCGAUUCCUGAAGGUUGUACUCCAGAGACCGUUGAAUCGCGUUUGUCAUCCGACGGUGUGUUGACUAUCACCGCUCCACGUAAGGUGCCUCCAGCUGUGCAAGGUGAACGUGCGAUUCCUAUCACCCAGACCGGACCGGUCCGUAAGGAAGUGAAGGAUCAGGCAAAUGGCGACAAAGCCCAGUAAACUAAAUUUUUGCAGUAUUUUAUUUUAAGGCAUUCCUUAUUUUACGUUCUAAUAAGACUGAUUAAUUUCAAUUAAAUAUUUGUGUUCAUAUAAA